ACCUCCACCAGAACAAUGGCAUUCCCCCACCUCCUCUGGUAUUGUUACCUGCUGGGUUUACUAAACACCGCGACAUCAGCCGAGAGAAAAAACACCAGAACAGCCUUGCUAAUCAUCGACGUCCAGGAUUGUUUUGUGGAGGGUGGGAGUCUGGCUGUGUCUAAUGGCAGCCAGAUUAUACCCGUCAUUAACAGAGUAAGAAAAGAGUUUGGUGACGAGUUUGACGUCGUCGUCAUGUCUAAAGACUGGCACUGUCCUGAUCACGUGUCCUUCGCUGCUUCUCAUCCUGGCAAGAACGUUGGUGACGUCAUCAACCUCACCUACACGUUGGACGGUCACCUGUGUUCUGACCAAGACUACCCCACCACUGUACCAGACCUUGUCAAGUGUCCACCAACUGGAACAAACAAAAAAAUACAACAAAUGGUUUGGCCCGUACACUGUGUGCAGAACGUCACAUCCGGUCCUACGUCAUCGAAUAUUGCUGAAUCGUUGUUCACAACUGCUAAUGACGUCAUCAUAUAUAAGGGAAACCACUGUCAGGUUGAUUCUUAUUCGGCCUUCUACGACAAUGGACGUUUUGGCGAAACCAAACUUAAAAAUGAGUUGACAAGCCGUGGUAUCGAUACCGUGUAUAUUGUUGGGCUCGCACUCGACUACUGCGUGUAUUACACGGCUAAAGACGCCAUUGAGCUAGGGUUCAAGACAUUCGUGGUGAAAGACGCUUGUAGAGGUGUGGCUGCUACAACAUCAGCUCAGGCUCUGGAGGAUAUUGUAGCUAAAGGUGGUCAGGUGGUCAGCUCCAACAACAUCUUCACAUCAGCAGCUCAGCCCAACUGUGUAUCUAGUGUCACAUCUCAUCAGCAACUUCUAUUUAUAGCCACAGUGUACAUCAUGGCUGUCUUCAUCUAGUGAAGUCAACAUCCAGUCCAUGUUUUUGUCCUCAUCAUUUAGUAAAAACAAUGGCCUAAAAAUUGUAACUUUGUAGUCUCUAAUGAAUAAAAUAAACUGUGCAACAAAA